AAAUCGCAGCAGGCCAGAUCAAAAGAGGCCACGAUCGUUGGUGACCCUUUGAUUGUUAAAAAGAUGAUUGAUUAUCUCUAUCGUGAGGACUAUGAUGACACUCCCGAGCUCACCAUCGAAGAACAAAACCGAAGCUCCCCGGAGCAAGUGGGUACCACCGGUAUGGAAGGCAAGAUAUUAG